AAAGUUAAACUUGAAGUUCAGUCAGUCACUGCCAGUGACCGCUGCUAGUCGCAUUUUGUUACUUACGAUUUACCGCGCCUGUACAAGGACAAAGUUACGCUUUCUGAGAUAAAAAGUAUGAAAUUAAUUUAAUUUUAACAUUAAUUGAUCGUGUUAUAGUGAAAUUUUGGUUAUUGAAUAAUGCAGUUCGAUUAACUUUUAAAUGUUUAUUUUGUCGUGAUUUCGCGUCCUGUGUCCUAUUGUUUGUGAUUGGGUCAACCUGUGCUUUAGAUAUGGAAGGAUGUUAUUAGCGAUUAUACUGUAAACAUCCUUGCUGCUACUUAAUUUGAUGGGAUUUUGUAACUGAGCAUACGUAUCACAUAAGUCCUGAGUCUGAGGGUGAUACAUGGUCACUUCUGGAUGUCAAAAUUGUAUUCAGUAAUCUAAGUUUCAUCUUAGUAUGUGACCCUGAAUUCAAGACAAUUAUUGUAGCCUGUAUGGCGGCUGAGCGCGUAAUGGUGCGCGCUGCAGUGUUCCUGCUGGCGGUAGCACUGUGCCGCGCCGGCACCCUUGAUUCCGAAUUGGGCGUCGGUAAAUCUAUCAACAUAUUUAUGAGAUAUGGCUACCUCAGUAUUUGUAUGCGAGUGGUUCCACGUAACGACACAGAGUCCUGGGUAUUUCGGGAGCCAACAGUCAGUGUGUUCAGAGACGUGGAAAAGUUCACGGUUGCGCCGAAACCUCGACAUGCGAAGACUCUCUUCGACGGCGAUUUUCACAUGGAGUUCUGCGAUAACCUGAAACAAUUGCUGCAGGCGUAUUUCAGAGACUUCAGCUUUGAAAGGUUAGAGCGGCCAUGGCGAGCGUUCACAGCUGGUUGGCCGACUGAUAUCAUGGCGCGGAAUUUGGGUAUCAACUCCUCUUUUAUCAACGGGGACCACUGCUAUGUACUUGUUAGGGUGUCAAGGUUUCGUGAAACGGCAAAAUUAAGUGAUUUACCACCAAAUGUACCGGUGGAGGAUGUAGUAUUUGAUGCCAUACAAGACACUACUAUUGGCGACACGGUGUCUAUAGCAGAUUUCAUCAGAAAAUACGGAUCGCACUAUAUAGCAUCUUAUAUAACUGGAAAUUCAUUAUACCAGGUGUUUGUGUUCUCUCGUGGCGUGUACUCCCGGAUCAAAGAGCGUGUUAAGUCGCGGGGCGUGUCAGACAUACCCGCUGCUGAAAUGAACAAUUUCUUCUCCCCAUUAUUCGCGGAACACGUUGGAGCUGUGAAGGUAUUUGUGUUCUCUAGAACCGCAUACUCUAUGAUCAAAGAGAGACUUAAAAGCAAGGGCGUGGCCGAUAUAACAGCUAAAGAGUUGGAAGGAUAUUUCUCGCCAUGGCAGGCCAAGCAUAUUGGCCAGAUCAAGGUGGCGAGUGGAAAUAAAACAGUGGAAAGUUGGGCGAUGAAACGCCUCAGGGUACAUUAUUAUAUAUUUUCGUACCCAAGUCUUUUAAAGUUGCAUGGAGAGCCGGCGCUUUUAAGAAAUUUAGAUACAUUAUUAGGAAAUGAAGCCUUAUUACAAUUAGAAUUAAAGACAUUAUCGCCUGCGUUUAAAGACGCGAAAAAACGAAAGUGGUUUGAAGAAGUGAUAGACAAUUAUUUAAAAUUGUGGGAGAGUAAUAUGUGAUAGACAUUUAAAGGGCAGUUUUUGAUGCACUCCAACCGUUUCGAAUUUCGCAUACUCCGGCUCGGAGGACCAAUUUUUUCGAUUCGAGUGAAAUAUUAAAUUAUUACAUAUUAAUUAAACUAUAUGUUAUAUGUUAGUCAAA